AUGAGGAAAACCUCAUACGCAGCGACUUUUGUCGCUGUUCUCGCCAUUCUUAUCAUCAAUAUUUUAUCUUCACGUCUCCCGGAUUGGCUUAUUGCUAAAUACGACAUCGCGAACACACACAUCACAGUUCGCUAUGGCUUAAUGCAACGUUGCGAGUCUUCUACCAUCAGCAUUCCCGGUCCCAGCAAAGGACGUCUGGAAUACGCCGACUACGAAUGUCGUCAAUUUCCGCUCCGCGUACAAGACAAAUGUGAAAAAGAAAACCGCCUGUUCUGUGCUCUGUGGACCUCUGCUCAAUACUUCACCGAGCUUGGCAAUGGUUUCGCAGGAAUGGGUCUCGUUGCUUUGGUCAUCGGCGUGAGCACGCAUUCCAGAAGGAGAAGGGUUUGGAGAGCGGUGGCUGGGCUAGUCAUAUUACACGCUGUGUUCCAACUGGUGACGUUUAUUCUCGUCACCGAGCUGUAUCGCAAGGACCGUUUCCCAGGAUUUGAACACGCUAAGCCUGGUGUUGGUUACGUUUUAAACGCUGUUUCUUGGGUUUCAGGGUUUGCCGUGGGCGCUGGCGUCAUCAUAACCGGAGUAGCUGCGGACCGCGGCCAGAAGUGGGCUGCCGGUAACAGAUCAAACACACCAGUCCAGGGUUCUCGUCGCAGAUUAUACAAACCCGUUCAAAAUUAUGGUUCAAAUGCAUAG